CACUGUAAACAACAUGGCUGACUUGGGAUCUUAGUUGAAAAACUCGGCCGGUGUGCGUCGGAAAAUCUCCUCUUUUAUGCGGUUUGCUUCAAAUCUUUGCAUCUAAUCACAGCAGCGAUAGGAAAGAGUUACGUUGAGAGCAUGAAGACACUACAGAUGGCCCUGACAGGGGCCUUGCACCACCAAAACAAAGGGGCUUCCGACUGGGGUUGGCCAGGACUGCUGGCGUAUGGUUGCCAGAACUUUGUUGUAGUGGUGGAUACUCGUACUGUACAGGUUAUUCAGACCCUUGACCGACACAAGACCAAUGUUGUGAAGGUAAAGUGGGCCCGUGAGAACUACCACCAUGACCUGAACCUGCCGUACACCCUGCGACUAGCCUCGGCUGACUCCCACGGCAGGAUCGUGGUCUGGGACGUCAGCCAGGGGCUCAUACGGGCAGACUUCUACGAUGGGACUAAGCCUGUUCAAGAUUUGGAGUGGUUGUCCACCCAGGAUGCCUGUCCCACCCUGCUGGCUGCUAUCCACCCUCCCAGCUCAGUGGUGCUGUGGAACGCUGACACUGGAACUAAACUGUGGAAAAAGAACUUCAACGAGACUCUGCUUUCCUUCGCCUUCGACCCCUUCAACCCAGCCAACAUGACCCUGCUGGCCAAUGACUGUAUCCUGUUUGUGAGUGACUUCACAACGUCCAGACCCCCAGCAGGGACAGGGCGCCGGUUCUACAUCUCCAACCCUGCCAGCCCCGUCAACGCUGGGGCAGCGGAGGGGGGUAGGUCAGCCGAGCGCAGGACGGGGGGGCGAUCAGCGCUGAGGAGAAACUUUAAACUGCUGGUGGGGGAUGUCAAGGACAGUGUGUUCUCCACAUCGAAGGGCGGGGAGGACACAGUAACGCUGAACGAGUGUCUCCAGCUCAUGUACCUACGGUCCUGCCGGAACCACCUUCUCCUGGUCUACUCCAAAGAACUGCUCAUCCUGGACCUGGAGAUCAAACAGACGGUCGGCAUUGUGGCUAUAGAGAGGAGUGGCUCACCCUUCCUACAGGUGGUAGCCUGCAGACAGAGGGAUGCCCUGCUGUGUCUCCAUGAAAACGGCAGUGUGACAGUUCGAGUGCGGAGAAAAGUUGUCAUGGGGCCGUUCUCAACACCAGUGGACCAGAUUGGCAAUGUGGCCUCCCAGCAGACAGUUGACUUGAGUCCCUUGAGUGAACAAGACGUCACAUACGAGCUGCGCUGUCAGUCGGAGGCUCUCCGCAUCACCAAGCACAUCCGCAUCACCGGCAUGGCGGCCUGUCCCGUGAACGAGCGCUCCGUCGCCGUCUUUGUGAAUGACGGCCGCAUCAUGUUCUGGAACCUCACCACGGUUCCCGCUCUUGUCCCAGCCAGAGACACACCUAACCACACACAGACACACCUGUCCCCUCUCCACUCCCCGGGAUUCUCGCUAAGUGACAGUGGAAGUGAUCCCUACAAGUACCCUUCCUCAUCCAGUUCCAGUGAGGCCUCUACAGCCGCCGCCUCACCCGCCAAAACUGCCAAAACCUGCUCCGUGCCAAGAACGUGCAACGUCUCGCAUGUGAAGAUGGCGAUAUGCGACAUGAUUGGUCAGACGUACGGCCCGACAGAACCCAGUGUGGACAGACAAGGGUAUGUCUUCAGAUUCACCCUGCAGGGGCUGUUGAGUGGACUGCCGCUACCCCCUACAAUCAUCAAAAUGUGCCCACCUCUUACGACGAAGAACUGGAAUGUGUACAGACCACUGCUGGCAGUUGGUUCUUCCAAUGGUCUUGUUCAGGUGUACAACCUGUCCAGUGGGCUGCUCUGGAGAGAGUUUAACAUCCACACCUGUCAAGUCAGGGGGCUAGAGUGGACCAGUCUGACCAGUUUCCUGUCCUUUGCCUACCCGUCGCCUGGUCAGUCUGGCCUGGUCAAGAAUGAGCUGCUGCUGGUCAACCUGCAAACAGGUUCAAGUGAACUGUUUCGGGGAGACAAGGGGAACGAUGAGUCACCCAUAGAGAUAGUACGGAUCUCACACCUCAAACAAUACGCCAUCAUUGUUUUCAAGGACAAGCCCAUGGAACUCUGGGAUAUCAGAAGCCAGACCCUUCUGAGAGAAAUGCCUAAAAACUUCCCAACAAUCUCUGCACUGGAGUGGUCACCUUCCAACAAUCUGAAAAGCUUGAAGAAGAAGCUAUCCCAGGAUCCAGUUGCAGCUGGCUCCCCGACAGUCGAGUUGUUGCCCACUAUUGGAACUGAGACCAAAGCACAAACAGAUAGCAAAAAGUUGGCCAACCUGACGGUGCGGGAGCAUUUCGUGUUCACAGACUCAGACGGGCAGCUGUACCACUUCAUGGUGGAGGGGAACAUCGUCAAGGAUGGCUCCAAGAUCCCCCCUGACGGAACCAUGGGAGCCAUCACCUGUAUAGCCUGGAAGGGUGAUACCAUGGUCCUGGGGGAUGUGGAUGGGAAUAUCAACAUAUGGGACCUGAAGGCUAAGAUAUCCAGAGCUGUACCCACACAUCGUGGCUGGAUCAAGAAGCUGAAGUUCGCUCCUGGUCGCGGCAACCAGAAAAUCCUAGUUCUGUACAACGACGGGGCAGAGGUGUGGGAUGCCAAGGAGGUGAGCUGGAACAAACAGAUCUGUGUUGAAAUGGUGAGCUCGGUGAAGUGUCCCCGUGACAUGGCCAAGGUUAUCGAUAUCGACUGGGCGUCAUCCGACAAGCCGGUAUUGGCGUGCGAUGAUGGUACAGUCCGAGUUAGCGACAUGGACAUGAAGAACUCCUGUGCACCAGUCACUGAGAGAGACAUCACCGAGCCAGUAUUCUCACCUCACCUGGUGCCCCCUGCUGCAGCCUUUACUGUGAAGUACCUCCUACAGCACCAGCCAUGGAACACAGACUACAGCUACUCACUCACUGACUUGCAUGGAAAGAAUGGUGAAGAGUUACAGAGAAUAGUAAAUGAACAGCUCCAGCUUAUUCCAAGUGACCUACAGGAGUACCUCCCCGUGUGCCCAUAUGGAACAGCCCAGAGAUGUCUGAUUGUGUCCAGACUCUUUGGGGAUGAGUCUGAGCUGCACUUCUGGACAGUGGCACUCCACAACCUGCGCAGGGAACAGGCAAGACUGGCCGCUGGGAUAGAUAAGGACCUGCUGCCGUCCACCCCCACGUCAGACAUGUUCCUGCCCGUGGACUCGGCCAGCAGCAGCCAGGGGGACCUCCUGGCCUCAGAGAACACGGGGGGCAGCAGUGGAGACACCACCACGUCAGGAUACUUCCCACUGGAUGCACUGUCACUGGACACUUGUUACGACAUCCUCUGUGAUCAGCCCUUCUUUCAGAAAUACCAGCUGGAGAGGAUCAACCUACACGACAGUAAGAGAGCAACAUACGAGCACACACAGCACUGUGCUGAGAAACUACUCAUGCUAGGCCAGAGUGACAGAGCAGUGCAGCUGUACCUGGAGACAGAUGCUGACAAUGACAACUACUUUUCAGAUUCCCUAAGGGCAUGUCUCAUAGCAACCAUCCGGUCCUCGGGAGCCUCCCAGAGCACCAUCAAACUGGUGGCCACCAACCUCAUCGCAAAUGGCAAACUGCCAGAGGGUGUACAGCUGCUGUGUUUGAUUGACAAGGCGUUUGAUGCCUGUCGCUACCUGCAGGACUACGGGGAAUGGGACCAGGCUGCCUGGCUGGCCAAGGCCUCCCUGAACAAUGUGGAGUGCUCAGAGGUGAUGAAGCGAUGGGUGGAUCAUCUCUGCUCAUCUGCUGUCAACUACAAGAGUAAAGCUAUCUUGGUGCUGCUAUCCCUUGGACAUUUUCUAAAGGUGUUGGAACUAUUGUACAGUAUGCGACAUUUUGACCGGGCGGCUCUGUUUGCUGAAGCCUGUCUGGAGUUUGGGGUUCUCAUCCUGAAUGAAGAGACUAGUUCCCUGAUCGAGGCCAUUUUCCUGGAGUACGCUCGCUACCUGCACAACCUGGGCAACCUGCCGGCCAUGGAACACUACUGUCACAAGGCAGGGGGCAAGGGUCAGCAGCUGCUGAGGGACGUCCAGACGGAGAACGCUCAGCUUCAGGAGAAACCAGCCGGGGAGGGCGGCGGGGACGGGGGGCAGGACCAGGAGGGAGAUGUUGAGACUAGUGAGGGGGUGGAAGGGGGACUAUUGUAAUCUUAAAAACCCGUAGUUUUAAGAUGGUUAAGCUGGCAUCACACAAUGAGCUUCAGCUGCACUUGGUCACCAGAAAUUAAAAAUUCCCCAGGAGUCAAAAUUAUUUUUCACCAGAAAAUGUAACCUAUCAAGUUGUACAGGGGUCUGUGGGAAAACUUCCUCCGAUCCAUAAAAAUCGUUUGAUGAAAGCCAGGCGUAUUACUGCUGAAAAUGUCAUUUAGAGUUCAGUCAGACUUGAUAUUUCCACAGUGUGACAGGGAUGUAAGGGACUACAUGUAGUUGACUAAGGAUGCUCCAGCUAAGGUUUAUUGGAAAAGUUUAGUGGAAAACUUGUAAAAGAUUGUCUUUAAUUACUGCUUACAUUUUGGCUCUUGCAUUGAUCACUGUUUGUUUCGAAGGCUCAAAAAUGACGCCUUUUGGUAUCAACAUUAUAUAGAUUGUGAAUUAUAUUGAUGCAAGCUCAUGUCACCUUAGUCCUUAGGUAAAUGUAAUUUAUGAAAGGAGAAAUCUGGGAACAUCUAGUAUAUUAAAUUGCAAAAUUAUUGAAAUCUAGAUUACCUAUACAAUAUUGUAAUUGUCACUUGCAUAGUUUUCCUCUUUUUGUGGAAAGGUGUUACUAUGAGCUGAAGCAGCUCGUUCAACCUUUUUUGCUGAAUAUAUAGCAUUCCAAUAAUACUAAUAUUAUUUCUUCUAUUUAAUGCUGUAC